AUGUUACCGCUUUUCUUCCCUUUGCAAAAAUUAUAUCAGCAAGAUUAUGUUGAUAUUUUAAGAGAGUUGUUGACAGAAGGCUUUACAGCUGUGAAGUUCUUCAAAAAGACCCAUUUCGCUUAUUCAACGAGAACAGACGCCGAAAAAGUUUUACGUCAAGCUUUGGCCCAAGCAAGCCGUACCGAAAAAUUUUGGGAUUCUCUUCGCACCAAAGAAGAAAAAGAUAGAACUUACAGACAAGAAGAACUGAUUCUCGAAAAAAAGAAACAAAAAUUUAUCCAUGUGCAGUCAAACGUUAUAGAUGAGCAUCUUCACAUAAGUGACGAAUCGAAAAUGGAAUUUACAAAAUCUACCAUGGAAGUUUCUAACUAUAACAAAGCUGAUAUAAUUGGAUAUAAACAACAUACCAAUACACCAAAAAAGCGUUCUUUCAAAGAAGUUCCAAAUGUCCAUGAAACCUCCUCCGGUGAUUAUACUGAAGAAGGUGAAGAAGAUGAGAACCACAGUGAUGACUCGGAGGAAGAUGAUGAAAAUCGAAUGACCCAAGAAAAAAAGGAACAAUUUCGAAAAAUUUUCCAGGAGAUACCUACAGAGGCAAAACUUGUCUUAAGUUCAAAAACUGUUGUUUAG